GUUGCCACGCCGGGAGUGCGGGAGCAUGGAGAGGGAGAGGAAUGGAAGAGAAAAAACCCAGGCGAGACUUGGCAGGGUUCUGUCGCAGCUCCCUUUGUCUGUUUGCUCAGCUUUUGCGCAAAGGAAAUCAAAAAUACCCCGAGUGCAGGAGCUCAGCUUCAGUGCUAAAAAACUAAAUCUAAAAAGAAACUGCAUUAUAUUUCGCAGGAACCUAGGGCACACAUUGUAAUCAAUGAGCCGUUUUUGGGCAAUUCUGGAAGAAUUGUGCGGUCCCCGUUUUUUGGACUGGACUUUUGAAGUUGUUUGCGCCAAGAGAUGACCAUGCGUCUAGAGGGGUCUUUGUUAUUUUAACUGCAAAUGAAGAUGUAUCUUGUUUAUUUUCUCAUUAAUGGCUUUACUAUGCCUGGAACUACAAACUGCAAGUGCCAAAGAAAAGUUUGCACCUCUGCGACCGGACUGCAAAGUUUUGUUUUUACUUUCAGAACUUCUAAAACUAAGGGCCAGAAGAUGCUGUGUUCCUUAGUUGGAAAUGGAUGUUUUUGUCUUGGAAGGAGAAGUUAGGUGACCCUCCAAGUGUCCUCAGCAAUAGUGUCUGUCUUUGAGGUGUGUCUCCAGAAAACCAAGACCAUAUUCCAAGGCUGUUUGCAUUUGAACAUGCUUAGAUCAAUGAGGGCAUAAAGCGACUGUUCUGUUUGCUGGUGAUAUUCCAGUCUUGUAACUAUUAGGGAAUUUGAUGCUCUACAAGAAGGAGAUGAAUUGUUGGUCAGCCAUUUUGAUGCUCAAAAGGUUGCAGUCGACAAACGUCUGGAGUACAAAGAAGGCCUGGAUGUUGAUUUUCCUAACAUCUCUAAGCACGACGUGAAUGGUAACAGGACAGUGCCGCCGUUCCCAGAGGGAUUGCAGAUGGUCUUAUUCGGUAUGGGCUGUUUCUGGGGAGCAGAGAGGAUGUUCUGGAGGCAAAAUGGGGUCUAUUCCACUCAAGUGGGCUACUCUGGUGGUUACACCCCAAACCCCUCCUAUGAAGAGGUGUGCACAGGUAAAACAGGACACACAGAGGUGGUUCGUGUGGUCUAUGAGCCUGAGAAAAUCAACUUUGCACAGUUGCUGAAGGUAUUUUGGGAAAGCCACAAUCCUACACAAGGAAUGCGACAAGGCAACGAUGUUGGGACGACCUAUCGAUCAACCAUCUAUGCUUACACACAGGAACAGCUCGACCAGGCAUUGCGCUCCAAGGAUGAAUAUCAGAAGGUGCUGACUGAAGAGGGUUUUGGAGCCAUCACCACAGAAAUAGCAAUGACUAAGGAGUUUUACUAUGCAGAAGACUACCACCAGCAAUACCUCAGCAAGAACCCCAAUGGCUACUGUGGAUUGGGUGGCACCGGGGUCUCCUGCCCAAUAAGACUGAAGAGUAAAAAAUUAACAUGCUUCUCCUGUCCUGUGACUCAACAAAUUUACAGUGCUGCUUGAAAGUUUGUGAAAACCUUUAG